AUGCUAACACUCUCAGCAAUCCGAGCCGCCAACGCAGCGGCUUUCUCCUCCCAUUCUCCAAUUGCCGUUUUCGUCGGAGGCACCUCCGGAAUCGGCCAGUCAAUGGCGGAAGCCUUUGGUCGGCAUACCAAGGGCAAUGGACAGAUCAUCAUAGUAGGCAGGAACCGUACCGCAGCGGAUUCCAUCAUCGCCAAGCUCCCUCAGUCGAGCUCACACACCCGACCCCACAAAUUCGUUCAGUGUGACGCUACGUUGAUGAGGAACGUCCACGCAGCUUCGUCCGAAAUUCUUGCUGAUCACCCGAAGAUAAAUUUCCUUGUAAUGUCCCCGGGGUUCAUGACGACGAAAGGUCGGGAUGAGACCGAGGAGGGGAUUGAUCGCAAGUUGGCUGUUCAUUAUUACGCGAGGUGGGCGUUCAUCAAUGAUUUGAUGCCUGCUUUGCAGAAAGCCAGUGAGGACGGUGAGGAGGCAAAGAUAUUUUCCGUUUUGGGCGCUGGAAAGGGUGCAGAGAUCGGUGUGGAGGAUCUGGGCCUGAAGAAGUCGUAUUCAGGUCGAAAGGCUGGUUUGGCCGCACCGACGUAUAAUGACCUUAUGAUUGAGGCAUUUGCGGAGCGACACCCCGAUCUAACAUUUAUUCACGCCUUUCCCGGAAUGGUUCGGACCAACAUUCUCGCUGCAUCCAGCACCCCUCUUCUGAAAGCCUCGUCGGGUAUCCUCAGUUUAUUAACCUAUCCGCUUUCGACCGCCCCAGAAGAUUGCGCUGAAUACAUGUGGCACGCGUCGCUGAAUCAUUCCAAAGACGCGUUUCGGACAGGAUCGAAGGGUGAGAACCUGAAGACGAAGAAUUAUUUUGGAACGGAAGAGCAGCGGAGGAAGUUGUGGGAUCAUACAAUCGAAGCUACAAGUACGUGA